ACGUGAACUUCUGGGGACCCAGCCUAGAACACAACGCUCGCACAGCGACUCGGCGCGGAGGACUGAGUGGACCCGGGAAGCGUCUAGAGGAGGCCAGGGCGAGACCGGGUCCCCAGCGGAGCCUUCGGAGAGCUCGGAAAUGGAGCCGCCGCAGGUCCCGGCGGAGGUGCCCCAACCUAGGGCCUCCGAAGACAGCCCGAGGCUGGAGCAGACCGGGCGGGAGGUGGCGGACGCUCAGCCCCCGGAGUUCCCGGAGAAGUUUCCGUCUCCAGCCCUGUCCGGUUCCCCGCGCGUGCCGCCGCUCAGCCUGGGCUACGGCGCCUUCCGCCGCCUGGGCUCGUGCAGCCGCGAGCUGCCGUCGCCGAGCCCCUCGUGGGCCGAGCAGCCCCGGGAUGGCGAGGCGGAGCUGGAGCCCUGGACGGCGUCAGGAGAGACCGCGCCCGCGUCCUGGGCGCCCGUGGAACUGCAGGUGGACGUGCGCGUGAAGCCCGUGGGCACGGCUGGGGCUAGUCGCGCGCCCUCGCCCGCGCCGUCCACGCGCUUCCUCACCGUGCCAGUGCCCGAAUCGCCAGCCUUCGCCCGCCGCUCCGCUCCCACGCUCCAGUGGCUGCCCCGCGCCCCGUCACCAGGCUCCACUUGGAGCCGAGGAUCGCCGCUUGCCGCGAACGCCGCGGACCCUAUUGGCUCCGCUGAGGGCUGCACGGUUCCCCCGGGCUCGCCCGCCUGCCGCUGCCGCUGUCGCUGCCGCGAGCCCGGGCUGACCAAAGAAGACGAUGCGCUGCUGCAGCGCGCAGGUAUAGAUGGCAAGAAACUGCCGCGGGCCAUCACGCUCAUAGGGCUGCCCCAGUACAUGAAGUCUCUGCGCUGGGCUCUGGUGGUCAUGGCUGUGUUGCUAGCCGUCUGCACUGUAGCUAUUGUGGCCCUGGCCUCUAGAGGAGGAGCCAAGUGCCAACCAUGCCCUCAAGGCUGGAUGUGGUCUCAGGAACACUGUUACUACCUCUCUGAAGAAGCCCAAGACUGGGAGGGCAGCCAGGCUUUCUGCUCAGCCCACCAUGCUACACUGCCUCUGCUGAGCCACACCCAGGACUUCUUAAGAAAAUACCAGGUCACCAAGGGCUCCUGGGUGGGGGCCCGACGAGGCCCUGAAGGCUGGCACUGGACUGAUGGGGUCCCCUUGCCAUCCCAACUGUUCCCAGUAGAUAGUGAGGACCACCCGGACUUCAGCUGUGGGGGUUUGGAAGAAGGCAGGCUCGUGGCUCUCGACUGCAGCUCUCCCAGACCCUGGGUCUGUGCCAGAGAAACCAAAUGACUUAAGUCUCCUGUGUUAGACCUGUCUGGAGCUGUCCCAUGGCUUUUGCUUUGGUGUGACCAAAAUAUCUGAAAGAAACAACUUCAAAGAGGCAAGAAUGACCGGGCUUGAGGUUUCAGAGGGCUGCACCUGGCAGAGCUGCCCAGUCCACCGCUGCAGAGGAAAUGCUGGAGCCAGGGGGUGGGAACAACCGUCAAAGGCCUGUUACUGUUGACAUACCUCUACACCAGGCUCUACCUCCACAAGCUCCCAAGUCACCCCUAAACUCAGCACCACCGGCUGGGAACAAGCCUGUGGCGAACUCAACAGACUCAAUCUAGAGCAUUCCUGUUACAAAUUCCCUCAAGAUUCAUGACUAUUUUGUCUUGUUUUGAGACAGGGUCUC